AUGGCCUCUCUAGGCCUUGGAUAUUUUUUGGACUCCGAGUCCGAGUCUGACCUCACUGACCCCGAGCGAAUUCCGGAGACCCAACUCGAUGCUGAUUCGCCCACCCAGCCGCUGCCAUCAUCACCACUACCACAACCAAUCGGAUCUCCGGAAUUGAUGGUCGAGUCCACAGACGCCCAGCCGACGAUCACGAUGCCGCUACCGCCGCUCACAGACACAUACAACUCGCCAGAGGAAGGGAUCGCCGCUAUCAAUGCAUUCGGGCGGAACCACGGUUAUGCAGUCUCAACCCUUCGCUCUAAAACCACAAAGAAAGGGGUAAAGAAGACAAUCUACAUUUGCUGCGAUCGUGGUCGCACAUACCGAGACCGGGGUGGUGAGCACAAGCGACAAUCAAUUACACUUGCGAUCAAUUGCCCCUUCGCGAUAUCACUUCGUCUAGACCAACCCACAGGUAUUUGGUCUCUUUCUGUGGAAAAUUCAAGUCAUAAUCACCACCCUUCCCCUCCAUCUACUCAUGCUAUACACCGUACCCAAGAGCGCGCUAUAAAGGCAGAUGAUAUACAGAAAGGUUUUCAAGUCGGCCUUCCUACCCGUCAGAUUCUUACCACCCUUCGAGAAGAGAAUCCUGAUUCCUGUAUCAUCGCCCGUGAUAUUCACAACUACCGAAGGAAGCUUCACAUGGAAUUCUUAGCUGGUCGGACACCUCUCCAGGCUUUGUUGGUCGAGCUUCCUAAAGACGGUGAAUGGAUAUUCAAGUACGAGAUUGAUGAUGAGAAUCAUGUUACUGCUUUGUUUUGUAUGCACAAAUCAAGCAUUGCAAUGCUGAAGCUAAACCCUUGGGUGAUUUCUAUGGACUGUACUUACAAGACUAAUAUGUACGGUCUCCCUUUACUCGACAUCGUUGGCUUCGCAGCUACUGGCUCUUCAUUUCACCUUGGUCUUGCCUUUAUGAAGGAUGAGAAAGACGACACUUACGAAGUUGUUCUAAACUGCUUGGCCGAAGCAUAUGAAUUCUAUGGCCUCUCCCCCCCCCGGACAAUUCUAACUGAUAAGGAGAAAGCAUUAAUGAAUGCUAUUAAGGAUGUCUUCCCGUCGACGAAGAAUAUAAUAUGUGUGUGGCAUAUUAUGAUGAAUAUUAUGAAGAAGGCACGUCCAAUUAUCUCUAACCAGCUCAGACAAGCACUCCAGUCCGCACAAACUCAGUCCACAACACAGUUUACAUCGAGAGAUUCGACUCACCGACGUCGUCUUAAUAACCAGGAAGCUAAGGAACUCCGAGAGAAGGUUGAUGAAGGAUGGAAGAGGAUGAUGAAGCGGUUUAAUCGGGUUAUUUAUGCUACAACAUUUGAAGCAUAUAACCAGAAGUGGGAAUACUUCAAAAACCAGUAUCGUGACCCGAUCUUCGAACCGUUAAUCGACUACAUUCAGAGCGAAUGGCUGAACGAUUGCCCAGAGAAGUUUCUCCAUUACCAUACCUCGCAUUAUCUCCAUCUCAAUGAAUUUGCGACAUCCCGGACCGAAGGAGCACACUGGUUGCUAAAGCAAGAUCUUCAUGUAUCUACUAAUAACCUAUUAGUAGCUCUCCAGACCUUUCAACGCGCUGUGAAGCUUCAAUUCAAGAAGAUCGCUGAUGAAAUUGAGCAUAAUAAGGUCAGAACCCCGGUAGGAACUGGGAUCCUUGCUUCUUCUGGGCUAUUCAGACUAGCUAUUGGAAGAGUCUCGUUCAAGCCAAUGAGGCACACAACAGAUGUGUAUACUCGAUAUCUACCUGAGGGACUCGAUAAACCACCAAUCCCGCCGUCUUGCAACUGCAGUUCGAAGGAAACAGCUGGGUUUCCAUGCAUCCACUUAAUCAAGCAGUAUCUGCAUGAGGGCAAGGGGUUAGAACCUGAAUUAUUCCACCCUCACUGGCAUUUACGUGGCAUAAACACAGAACCAAUUGAUCCUCGACUUCUUGUCCAGGAUCCACUCCCUGUACGACGACGAGGGCGCCCUCGGGGUGCACACAAUUUCAAUCAACUAGCAAGCACUCCUCCAGCUAGCACUCCAGUAGUAACCACCCAGCAAAGCACACAACAACGCACACAGGUUAUCCUAUCUUCCCCAGAUCCGUUGACCCAACAUGAUCGCUCAGUUCACCGAGAUCCAUCCUCGUUUGAGUAUACACUCGCGCAGGAAGGUGGUCGUGGUCGUGGUCGCGGUCGGGGAGCAGGUAAGGGUACAAAGCGAGCUACGCAGGAAGGCGAUGAGCAAGCUAGUAAGCGAGGUAGCAAGCGAGGUCGUGGUCGUGGUCGGGGAGCAGGUGGUGAGGGUGCUAAUGUUUCAUGA